CCGGUCCUGGCGAUGGCGGUGGCGGCGCGGGCUCUCACGCUGCCGGCAGUGGUGGAGGAGCUGCUGAGCGAGAUGGCGGAGGCGGCGCGGGACGGCGCGCCGAUUCCUGAUGAGCAUUUAUUAUCGCUGAAGUUUGUCUUUGGCUCAUCAGCCGUCCAGGCCUUGGACCUCGUUGAUCGCCAGUCCGUCACCUUACUUUCAUCACCCAGUGGGAGGCGUGUUUACCAGGUACUUGGAAGUUCCGGUAGAACAUACGUGUGUUUGGCCUCUUGUCAUUACUGUUCGUGUCCGGCAUUUGCCUUCUCAGUGCUGCGGAAGAGUGACAGCCUCCUGUGCAAGCACCUCUUGGCAGUUUAUCUUAGUCAGGUUAUGAGGACCUGUCAGCAGCUGAGCGUCUCUGACAAGCAACUGACUGAUGUAUUAUUGAUGGAAAAGACACAAGAAGCGUCAUAACUGGCGCAGCUGGAGCAUCACUGGCUUUCAACGUAGGAUCCUGUCCAGAGACGCACGCAGCCUGUCGCGCGUGGCUCACGCGGCGGGGACGUGAACCAGGCUCCUUGUCGCCGUCCCGUCCCCACUGGCUGCAGGAGGCAUUGUGGGUUGGGCCCAGGACGUGUGUAUGGUUUGAAGCCCUCGUGAAACGUCUGAACCAGCCUCCAAGCCCCUUGGGUAGAAAAUUUCCAGAUGGAAUCAAGCGUUUGAGACUCCAAAGCCUAACCUCAUGUCAUGGUUAUAAUUAGUCAGAUUCUUAAGUGACUAAGAGUACUAGUCAUUUUUUUUUUUUUUAAAUCACUUUUUUUUAAAGUUACCUACUUUAUUUAUUUAUUUUUGGCUGUGUUGGGUCUUCGUUUCUGUGCGAGGGCUUUCUCUAGUUGCGGCGAGCGGGGGCCACUCUUCAUCGCGGUGCGCGGGCCUCUCACUGUCGCGGCCUCUCUUGUUGCGGAGCACAGGCUCCAGACGCGCAGGCUCAGUAGUUGUGGCUCACGGGCCUAGUUGCUGCGCGGCACGUGGGAUCUUCCCAGACCAGGGCUCGAACCCGUGUCCCCUGCAUUGGCAGGCAGACUCUCAACCACUGCGCCACCAGGGAAGCCUGAGUACUAGUCAUUCUUAAGAGGUUGGAACAGUAGGUGAAACAGCAAGCUGAAGUUUAGAUAAAUAAGCAUCAGUCCUUUUUCUUGGGUCCAGAAAAUUUUUCUGCAAUAAAAGGUUAGAGCGGAGAUGUGGCUAAAUGGCAGCAAAGAUAAAAAGACAUCAGGGUUCUGGUUUCAGUGAGCUGCAGAAUCUACAGUGUUGAGGCCAAAAUAGCUGAUUAAAUAGGCUGUAUUGUGAGAAAGGUGGCACCUAGGACAAGGAAGUGCCGGUUUGCUCUGCAGGCACUUCUGAGCUUUGUAACAAGCCAGAAAAGGCUGAGAGAUCCCUAGAGGAUGUUGGGAGGGAGAUAAACGGGACUCAUCUGGACCCCAAGAGAGAGCAAAGGAGCAAUGACGGAUGAAAAGGAACACGAGACAGAUUUCGGCACAGGACAGUAACUUCUCAUGGGGAAGGCUGUCCACAGCUGGAACAGGGUCCUAGAAGGACAGGCUUUCCCUGUCUCUCUAGGGGUUCGUGGGCCUGCAGCAUCUUCGCAGGGUUACUGCGGAAGGAACUGAGUCAGCGACCAGACAGGUGAAAUAGAUGGUUUUGCAGCCUCGGACACCCCCCAACCCUGUGCCCCGAAAUAUGAAGCGCUAAUGAAUGACUGUGGGAAAGGCCCCAGAUGGCACAGGGCUCUGUGGUGGCAGGGCCUUCUCUUAGGUCGAGGUGUGGCCAAUAAAACCUAUCAAGACUGUGCUACUUGGCAAACUUGGCCUCGGGUGUAGACUUAUCUCAGGAUAAAGAACAGAAGGUAGGUGAGCUCUGCACAGCAAGGCGGCGCAGCAUCCUGAACCGUAUAUUUCUUUUUUUAAGUUUUCUUUUUAUUUCACCUCAUACAUGAACACAAUUCUCUAACUUUCCUUCGUAGAAUUUUCACUUUGGAUUCCAGCAACUUGGCCAAACUUGAACUUGGGAGAGAAGUAAAAUUCACUUAUCUAGCUCUGGAAGGGGGACACAGAAUCUGGUGGCGGAGGGAUCCCACUUCUCCAGUUUCUUCCUUUAGGGUGGUUUGCUGUACAUGGAGAAGAUUGUUAUCAAACCUGUCAUCUGAUGAUAUUCUACUUAAGAACUUAUGAGACUAUCAUUUCCCUAAUAUGGCAGUGUCUUGAUUGAAGAAUUAUACUUUUAAUUUUCCUGGUCACCUUCCUCAGAACAAGUAUAUAUUUUUAGUAUGUCCAACUUUUUCCAUUG